GCGAGCGCUGGAGCCGCUGCGCAACCCGCUGCAGCAGCAGCAGCUCUCCGGGGGCCGGGGCCGCAGCCCCCACCCACCUCCAGCGCCUGCGUGAAGGCGCCCGCCAGUCCCUCUCCGCCUGAAAGUUUCUUCUCUCCGGGCCGUGCUGGGCUCGGGGCUGGAGGAGCCGGGCGCUGGGGGGCGAGGACGCGCCGUGGGCGCUGCUUCCCUGUUGGCCGCAGCCCAGCCUGGGACCGUCUCCCUCGGAGCUCAUCGACUCCUUUGCGGGCGCGCAAGGCGAAGCUGGGCGAGCGCUUCCUCCUGCCUCCCUUCCCGGCGCGCGUGGGGAGAUGGGCUGCCUGCAGACGUGCCUUGGCGCUCUCCUAGGGCUGUGGGCCGCCGCCCUGGCUCAGGAGCCCGAGUACAGCUACGGGUGCGCUGAGGGCAGCUGCUACCCGGCCACCGGCGACCUGCUGAUCGGCCGCGCCUCGCAGCUGUCCGCCAGCUCCACGUGCGGGCUCCACCGGCCCGAGCCCUACUGCAUCGUGAGCCACCUCCAGGAGGACAAAAAAUGUUUCACCUGCAAUUCCCUGUUCCCCUUCCACGAGACUCUCAACUCUGAGAGCCAUCUUAUUGAAAAUGUGGUCACAACAUUUGCUCCAAACCGCCUCAAGCUAUGGUGGCAGUCAGAAAAUGGUUUGGAAAAUGUAACUCUCCAGCUGGAUCUGGAAGCUGAAUUCCAUUUCACUCAUCUCAUUAUGACCUUCAAGACAUUCCGCCCAGCUGCAAUGCUAAUAGAAAGAUCAUCUGAUUUUGGAAAAACCUGGAAAGUAUAUAGAUACUUUGCAUAUGACUGUGAGAACUCCUUUCCUGGUGUUUCAACUGGACCCAUGAAGAAAGUAGACGAUAUCAUUUGUGAUUCCCGAUAUUCUGACAUUGAACCUUCAACUGAGGGAGAGGUCAUAUAUCGUGCUUUAGAUCCAGCUUUUAGAAUUGAAGACCCAUAUAGUCCAAGAAUUCAAAACCUAUUAAAAAUCACAAAUUUAAGAAUCAAUUUCACCAAGUUACAUACAUUGGGAGACAACCUCUUGGAUUCUAGAAUGGAGAUCAAAGAAAAGUACUACUAUGCAAUUUACGACAUGGUGGUUCGUGGGAACUGUUUCUGUUAUGGCCAUGCCAGUGAGUGUGCACCAGUGGACGGUUUUAAUGAAGAGGUGGAAGGAAUGGUCCAUGGGCACUGCAUGUGCAGACAUAAUACCAAAGGUUUAAACUGUGAACUGUGUUUGGAUUUCUAUCAUGACUUACCAUGGAGACCAGCUGAAGGACGCCAUAGUAAUGCAUGUAAAAAGUGCAGUUGUAAUGGACACUCUAUCCAGUGUCAUUUUGAUAUGGCUGUAUACAUGGCAACCGGAAAUACCAGUGGUGGAGUAUGUGAUGACUGCCAGCAUAACACAAUGGGACGCAACUGUGAACAAUGCAAACCGUUUUACUUUCAGCAUCCAGAGAGAGAGAUACGAGAUCCUAACAUUUGUGAGCCAUGUAACUGUGACCCGCUUGGCUCCCAAAAUGGUGGAAUAUGUGAUCGCUACACUGACUUCUCUGCUGGCCUUAUUGCUGGACAGUGCCACUGUAAAUUAUUUGUGGAAGGGGAACGUUGCGACCUCUGCAAAGAAGGGUUCUAUGGAUUAAGUGCAAAUAAUCCCCUUGGUUGUCAAUCUUGUGCAUGUAAUCCUUUGGGAACUCUUCCUGGAGGGAAUCCUUGUGAUUCAGAGACCGGAAGCUGCUAUUGUAAACGUCUAGCAACAGGAAGGCACUGUGAGCAGUGUCUGUCUGAACACUGGGGCCUGAGCAAUGACAUGGAUGGAUGUCGGCCUUGUGACUGUGACCAAGGGGGAGCAAUAAACAAUAACUGCUCAAGUGAAACUGGCCAGUGUCUGUGCCGGCCCCAUAUGAUUGGACGCCAGUGCAAUGAAGUAGAGUCUGGCUAUUACUUCAUGUCAUUAGACCACUACAUCUAUGAGGCGGAGGAAGCCAACUUUGGUUCUGGAGUGACCAUAGUUGAGCGCCAGUAUUCUCAAGAUCGUAUCCCAUCCUGGACUGGAAUAGGAUUUGUAAGAGUCCCUGAAGGGGCAUAUCUGGAAUUCUAUAUCGACAAUAUUCCAUAUUCUAUGGAGUAUGAUGUUGUGAUUCGCUAUGAGCCGCAGUUACCAGAUCACUGGGAAAAAGCUGUAAUUACCGUUUCACGCCCAGGCAAGAUUCCUACAAGUAGCCGAUGUGGUAAUACCGUUCCUGAUGACGAUAAUCAGACUGUAUCAUUAUCACCAGGCUCAAGAUAUGUUAUCCUUCCACGACCCAUAUGUUUUGAAAAGGGACUGAAUUACACUGUUCGUCUGGAGCUACCACAGUACUCCUCCCUCAAUGUUGAGGUGGAAAGCCCAUACACACUCAUUGACUCGCUCGUUCUUAUGCCUUACUGCAAAUCACUGGACAUAUUCACGGUGGGGGGCUCAGGCGAAGAUAUGGUCACUAACAGUGCUUGGGAAACAUUUCAAAGAUACCGAUGUCUGGAAAACAGCAGGAGUGUUGUGAAAACCCCUAUGACUGACGUCUGCAAGAAUAUUAUUUUUAGCAUCUCUGCACUGUUACAUGAGACAGCAUUAUCUUGCCAGUGCAACCCUCAAGGCUCAUUAAGUUCAGUGUGUGACUCUAAUGGAGGACAGUGCCAGUGUCGUCCUAAUGUUGUUGGAAGAAGAUGUGACAGAUGUGCUCCUGGCACCUUUGGGUUUGGACCUAAUGGAUGCAAAUCUUGUGAAUGUCACGUACAAGGUUCUGUCAGUUCCUUCUGUCAUCCUGAGACUGGCCAGUGCCACUGUUUCCAUGGAGUGUACAGCCGCCAGUGUGAUAGGUGCUUACCUGGAUACUGGGGGUUUCCAAGCUGUCCGCCUUGCCAAUGUAAUGGCCACACGGAUGACUGUGACCCAUACACUGGGAAAUGUUUGAAUUGCCGCGAUUCCACCACGGGACACAACUGUGAAAGGUGCCUUGGUGGCUAUUAUGGAGACCCUGUCCUGGGAUCAGGAGAUCAUUGUCGGCCUUGUCCUUGCCCAGAUGGCCCAGAAAGUGGGCGUCAGUUUGCCAGCAGCUGUUAUCAAGAUCCUAUUAAUCUGCAAAUUGUGUGUGUCUGUAAUGUGGGAUACAUAGGAAGCAGAUGUGAUGAGUGUGCUUCUGGUUUCUUUGGAGACCCUGAAGAGACGGGUGGAGUCUGCCAGCCAUGCCAGUGUAACAACAACAUUGACAUGACUGACCCAGGGGCCUGUGACAAGCAGUCUGGAAAGUGCCUGAAGUGCUUGUAUCAGACAGAGGGUGAAAAUUGCCAGCUGUGUAAAUAUGGGUACUAUGGACAUGCAUUGCAACAGGAUUGUAGAAAGUGCAUCUGUAAUUACUUGGGAACGGUGCGAGAGCACUGCAAUAGCUCAGAAGACUGUCAGUGUGAGAAAACAACCGGCCAGUGCCAAUGCCUUCCCAAUGUGACCGGGCAGAACUGUGAUCGUUGUGCACCACACACUUGGAGACUGGCCAGUGGAACUGGAUGUGAACUGUGUGAGUGCGAUGUUGCUCGUUCCUUCGGGCCAUCGUGUAAUGAGUUCACUGGGCAGUGUCAGUGCAUGCCUGGGUUUGGAGGCCGCACCUGCAGGGAGUGCCAAGAGUUUUUCUGGGGUGACCCCAAUGUGGCAUGCCAAGCUUGUGAUUGUGAUCCCCGUGGAAUCCAGACACCUCAGUGCAAUCGCUCCACAGGGCUGUGCAUCUGUAAGGAGGGUGUCGAGGGACCCCGCUGUGACAAGUGCACCCGCGGCUACUCUGGCAUCUUCCCUGACUGCGCGCCAUGCCAUCAGUGUUUCGCUCUGUGGGACGUCAUCAUUAGUGAACUGACCAAUAGGACACAGAGGUUCCUGGAGAGAGCAAAAAUCCUGAAAAUCAUUGGGGGUGGCCCUUACCAGCAAACCGUCAACAGUGAAGAGAAGCUGAAUGAAAUUAAAAGUAUCCUUGCUCAAAAUCCAGCCGCUGAGCCCCUUAAAAACAUUGGAAAUCUCUUGAGGAAGCAGGGUGACAAGCUAACAGCAGAUGUUACAGAAAAGAUGGCUGAAAUAGAAGACAAGCUCUCCGUGAUAGCGUUAAAAAACAAUAACACGGACACUCACCUGAGGGCCCUGGAGACAGAUGCAGAGAGCCUACACCACGUUGUGAAAGAACUUGCAGAACAACUCGAGUUUAUAAAAAUCUCUGAUAUCCGGGGAGCCUUGGAUAGUGUCUCCAAAUAUUUUCAGAUGUCCCUGGAGGCAGAAGAGAGGGUCAAUGCCUCCAGUGUUCACCCUGAUAGCCUUGUGGAACUGUCAGCUCAGACACGACAGGAAGUGGAAGACUUAAUCAGUGAGCAAGAGGCCCAGUUCAAGGCAAAACAAGAAGAACAGUCACGCCUUCUGGAUGAACUCGCAGGCAAGCUGCAAAGUCUGGAUCUUUCUGAAGUGGCUGAGAAGACAUGUGGAACUCCCUCAGGGGCUUCCUGUGCUGACUCAGAGUGUGGCGGUCUGAACUGCCGAACAGAGGAAGGAAAAAAAUGUGGAGGACCAGGCUGCGAGGGAUUGGUUACUGUGGCUCACAGUGGGCAGAAAGCCAUGGAUUUUGACAGAGACAUACUCAGUGCCUUGGCAGAAGUUGAAGAACUCUCUAAAAUGGUCUCAGAGGCAAAACAGAGAGCAGACGGAGCAAAACAAAAUGCACAAGAAGUUUUGCUCAAAACCAAUGCCACAAGAGAACAAGUGGACAGAAGCAAUGAAGAUCUGAGAAACCUUAUUAAGCAGAUCAGGGAAUUUCUGAUGCAGGAUAGUGCUGAUUUGGAUAGCAUUGAGGCAGUUGCUAAUGAAGUGUUGAACAUGGAGAUGCCAAGUAGCCCCCAGCAGCUACAGACCCUGACAGAGGAUAUCCGUGAGCGUGUGGAAAGCCUUUCUGAUGUAGAGGUUAUCUUACAACAAAGUGCCGGAGACAUUGCCAGAGCUGAGAUGCUGUUAGAUGAAGCAAAUAAAGCAAGCAAAAGUGCAAAAGACGUUAAAGUCACUGCAGCUAUCGUGAAAGAAGCACUGGAAGAAGCUGAAAAGGCCCAAAAUGCAGCCGAAAAGGCGAUCAAACAAGCUGACGAAGACAUUAGAGGAACACAGGACCUACUUACCUCAAUUGAAUCUGAAAAUGCAGCAUCUGAAGAAACCUUAAACAACGCUACCCUACGUCUUACUGAGCUAGAGAAGAAUGUGGAAGAUCUUAAACAAAAGACUGCUACAAAUUCAGAGAAUGUGGAAGAGAUUGAAGAAACCAUUGCUACUGUGAAACAAAAUGCCGAAGAAGUUAAAGAGGUACUUGACAGUGAACUGAACGCCAAAUAUAAAACAGUUGAAAACCUAAUUGCCAAAAAAACAGAAGAGUCUGCUGAUGCCAGGAAGAAAGCUGGAAUGCUGCAGAAUGAAGCUAAAUCAUUGUUAGCUCAAGCAAACAGCAAACUCCAGCUGCUCAAGGAUUUGGAAAGCACAUACGAGAACAAUCAGAAAGUCUUGGAAGACAAAGCCAAACAGUUGGUGGAACUAGAAGAAACAGUACGCUCCCUCUUACAGGCAAUCAGCCAGAAAGUUGCAGUAUACAGCACCUGCUUGUAACUUGGAGGGAAUACAGUCUGGACCCAGUUUAUUCUGGAUGGGCUUAAAAGUAUUAAGUUGAUAAACUAGUUCUCAUUGACAUCGCACUAAGACCUGGUAACCUUGACAGGUUUCUCACUUUUUAAAGUUACAAAACCAAAGAGCAAUUUUUUCUUAUGUUGAAAAUAAAAACAGUACUUUUGUACAACUGUA